AUGGCAACUAUUUGGGUGAGAGCAGAACCUUUCAGCUAUGGGACGAUUCCAGUUGCACCACAUCCUAGGUUGAAUAGCACAAAUAUUCGCAAGAUAGUCAUCUAUUCCAAGAACAAAGGAAGUGCUGGAUUCCCAAGACUGAGUUAUGCGAUUUGGCAACACAUUGCUUGCAACAAACUACAUUUAUCAGAGGAGCUGGCAUGGAUGUAUUUCCGCACCUGCCAGUUCUUCACAGAAAACCUGUCACCUGCGGAGAACAUGGAAAAAGAUGAAAAACUUUCUGCUUGCAAAGACCAGAAUGAGAGAAUCCUGAACCUGGAGUCUGUGAACCUGUACAAGUUUGUGCUGUUCCUCAGCCUGCAGCAGUUGUACAGGAUGUCCCUGCGGACCUCUCUUGUUGCUGGCGAUGAAUGGCCCAGCUCGUCCAGCUCGGUAGCAACCUGUGAACUUGAUGGCAGGUCAACUCCGAGAGGCGGAACAAUGAAGUCCCUUGAUGAUCACAGUCAUCAUUUGUUUGUACAGAAUAACAUUGCAGAACUCACGGAUCUCAUCUCAGACGAUGACACUAAAGUCACUGGUGCAGGAGUCGGAGGCCCUGUCACUAAGUAUCUCAGCAUGGACGCUGUUGAAGCUCUUGGUUUUGUUUUGGUUGGAAAAGUUGACAGUUCACCUUCCCUGAUUCAGCUGCAAGACCUGGCAUGCCUGCCAGCAGUCCAACACCAGAAUGGCUAUCAGAAGGCAACAAGAACAUUUCUGACCAAGCCAUUCACAACUUGGGUGAAAGACAACCUAAUCCAGAACCCGUUCAGUGUGUCCGCCUGUAUCGCAUCGGGAACCAGACUCUCCUGGCCAUUCAUGGGGGAGGAUCAGAAAUCAGAGCAGGGCCAGAAGCGGGGGAAAAUAGCCACAAAUGCUCAGUCUGUACCAAAAGAACACACAAAAGGGAACAAGAUGAUCAUCAUGAGCCAGGUUAGCAAGCAGACGAUUGCCCGGAGUUCUGGGACACUGGAAAUGAGUACAGUCAAAAUUCAUCGCAGCCAUUAUUCAUUUUUGUACUUGCUUUCUCCACUCAGGUCAGUAACUAUCGAGAAAAGCAGAAACACCACUUUGAUCCUCGGGCCAGUGGAGGCGACGGUUUAUGUGAGUGGAUGUGAAAACGUCACAAUCAUAGCACCAUGUCGGAACUUUAUGAUCAGUGGCUCUACAUUAUGUACUUUGUAUUUGAUGACCCCCAACCGACCUUUGAUCCUGAGUGGCAACGACACCAUUAUGCUGGCACCUUACCACACCUUCUACGCCACUUUGGAAGAGCAUUUGUCCAGAGCAGGCAUUGGUCCCUCACCAAAUCUCUGGGACCAGCCUCUGUGCAUAGGACCUGACCACAGAGAUGAACAGCCAAUCUGGCAAAUUCUGCCAGAAGCCGAAUUUUACCCAUUCUCUGUGCCAUUUGAAAUGCAGGGCCCAACCAAGUCGAUUCCUGGUGGUCUCCCUGCCUACUACCAGAAGGAGAUCAGCAAGCGACAGAAACAGAUUGACUCCUGGCAACAUAUGGUGAAGGAUGCGGGGCUGACACGAGAGCAGCGGAAGGAGUUCCAGACACUUGUGGAAUCUAGGUUUCAUAUCUGGUUGUCAGAAACUGGACACAAGAGAGAGCUGGAUAGUCUCGUAGUACCACUACAGAGUGUCUUAGAAAAGAAAUAG